CCGGCCCCGCAUGACGCUGACAUCAGUCCCGGCAUCCCACCCGCAUCCCGCCCGCAUCCCCCGCCAUGGCGGCCAGCCCGGCCUACGGGGAGGACAAGGGGGGGGCCUCCAGCCUGGGCGAGCCCGAGUACGGCCACGACCCCGCCAGCGGCGGCAUCUUCUCCUCCGACUACAAGAGACACGAUGACCUCAAGGAGAUGCUUGAUAGCAACAAGGAUUCGCUCAAGCUGGAGGCCAUGAAGAGGAUUGUGGCGAUGAUCGCCCGGGGUAAAAACGCCUCUGACCUCUUCCCAGCCGUGGUGAAAAAUGUUGCCUGCAAGAACAUUGAGGUGAAGAAGCUGGUGUAUGUCUACCUGGUGCGCUAUGCAGAGGAGCAGCAGGAUCUGGCCUUGCUCUCCAUCUCCACCUUCCAGCGAGGACUUAAGGAUCCCAACCAGCUGAUCCGUGCCAGUGCCCUGCGGGUCCUCUCCAGCAUCCGCGUGCCCAUCAUUGUGCCCAUCAUGAUGCUGGCCAUCAAGGAGGCAGCCUCGGACAUGUCCCCCUAUGUGCGCAAGACGGCCGCCCAUGCCAUCCCCAAGCUGUACAGCCUCGACUCGGACCAGAAGGACCAGCUCAUCGAAGUGAUCGAGAAGCUGCUGGCAGACAAGACCACACUGGUGGCCGGCAGUGUGGUGAUGGCCUUUGAGGAGGUGUGCCCGGAGCGCAUUGACCUCAUCCACAAGAACUACCGCAAGCUCUGCAACCUGCUCAUCGACGUGGAGGAGUGGGGACAGGUGGUCAUCAUCAACAUGCUCACCCGCUACGCACGCACCCAGUUUCUCAGCCCCAACCAGAAUGAGUCCUUGCUGGAGGAGAGUGCAGAGAAAGCUUUCUAUGGCUCUGAGGAGGAGGACACCAAGGAUCCCAAGGCAGAGGCAGCCUCAUUGGCCAAGCGCAAGCCCUAUGUCAUGGACCCUGACCACCGCCUGCUCCUGCGCAACACCAAACCCCUGCUGCAGAGCCGCAAUGCUGCGGUGGUGAUGGCCGUGGCACAGCUCUACUUCCACCUGGCACCCAAGGCAGAGGUUGGGGUCAUUGCCAAGGCGCUGGUGCGGCUCCUGCGGAGUCACAGCGAGGUGCAGUAUGUCGUGCUGCAGAACGUGGCCACCAUGUCCAUCAAACGGCGGGGGAUGUUUGAGCCGUACCUGAAGAGCUUUUACAUCCGCUCCACAGACCCCACACAGAUCAAGAUCCUCAAGCUGGAGGUCCUCACCAACCUGGCCAAUGAGACCAACAUUUCCACUAUCCUGCGGGAGUUCCAGACCUACAUCCGCAGCAUGGACAAGGACUUUGUGGCAGCCACCAUCCAAGCCAUCGGGCGCUGUGCCACCAACAUCGGGAAGGUGCGGGACACCUGCCUCAAUGGCCUGGUCCAGCUCCUCUCCAACCGGGAUGAGCUGGUGGUGGCUGAAUCCGUGGUGGUCAUCAAAAAGCUGCUGCAGAUGCAGCCGGCGCAGCACAGCGAGAUCAUCAAGCACAUGGCCAAGCUCACCGACAACAUCCAGGUGCCGAUGGCGCGGGCCAGCAUCCUGUGGCUCAUCGGCGAGUACUGCGAGCAUGUGCCCAAGAUUGCACCCGAUGUGCUGCGCAAGAUGGCCAAGUCCUUCACCAAUGAGGAGGACAUCGUCAAGUUGCAGGUCAUCAACCUGGCAGCUAAGCUCUACCUGACCAACUCCAAGCAGAGCAAGCUGCUGACCCAGUAUGUCCUCAACUUGGCAAAAUAUGACCAGAACUACGACAUCCGCGACCGGGCCCGCUUCAUCCGCCAGCUCAUCGUGCCCACUGAGAAGAGCGGGGCCCUCAACAAAUACGCCAAGAAGCUCUUCCUGGCUCAAAAGCCUGCUCCCAUCUUGGAGUCCUCCUUCAAAGAUCGGGACCAUUUCCAGCUGGGCUCCCUGUCCCACCUGCUCAAUGCCAAGGCUGUGGGUUACCAGGAGCUGCCUGACUGGCCGGACGAGGCCCCUGACCCCUCUGUGAGGAACGUGGAGGUUCCGGAGUGGACCAAGUGCACCAGCCGGGAGAAGAGGAAGGAGAAGGCGGAGAAACCUUUCUACUCCGACUCAGAUGGGGAGUCGGGGCCCACGGAGUCGGCUGACAGUGAGCCUGAGUCUGUCAGUGAGGACAGUGGCAGCUCCAGCAGCUCCAGCUCCAGCUCCGGCAGCGAGGAGGAGGAGGAGGAAGAGGAGGAGGAGGAAGGCAGCGGGGAGCAGUCUGAGGACAAGGAGGAGGAAGAGGAGAAGAGGCCGAAGAGGAAGGAGAAAGAAGGCUCCCGGAAGGCAGCCGCGGGGAGUGCGGGCAGCCCCAGCGAGGAUGAGGAAGAAGAGGGGACAAAGAAGGAUAAGAAGAAGAAGGCAGCUCCGGGGAGGAAGGGCCAUGCCGAGACCUCAUCAGAGGAGGCCAGCACGUCCGAGAGCAGCUCCUCAGGCUCCGAGUCAGGCUCCGAGGCAGAUGCCAAGCGGAGGAAGGCGCCCCCCAGAAGCAGGGCCGGCCCCAAGGAGAUCUCCCUGCUUGACCUGGAUGAUUUCACCCCUCCUCCUCCCCAGCCCAUCCCCUCCAGCAGCGUCAUCUCCACCAGUCUGGUGACUGACCUGGAGGGCCUCACGCUCACGGACACCUCCCUGACACCUACUCUGCUGAGCCCAGCGUUCGGUGCGGUGAGGACCUACGAGCUGCUGCACCGCAUGGCAGGCGAGGGGCUCUCGGUGGAGUACUGCUUCAGCCGCCGGCCCUUCCCGGGGGACCCCCACAUGGUGGCUGUCCACAUCCAGAUCUCCAACAACACUGAUGCCGAGGUGAAGAGCCUGCGGGUCAGUGAGCCCAAGCUGCUCUCUGGGAUGAGGAUCAAGGAGUUCCCGGAGAUAGAGCGCCUCGCACCUGGGGACACGGCCAACGUGGUGAUGGGCAUUGACUUCUGUGACUCCACACAGGCAGCCAACUUCCAGCUGUGCACCCACACGCGCCACUUCUACGUCUCCAUCCAGCCGCCCGUGGGGGAGCUCAUGGCCCCCGUCUUCAUGAGCGAGAAUGAAUUCAAGAAGGAGCAGGGGAAGCUGACAGGCAUGAGCGAGAUCACGGAGAAGCUGACACUGCCUGAGAAGUGCCGGAGUGACCACGCCAUCGUCCAGCAAGUGACCUCAGCUGCCAACGUGGGCCGUGUGCCCUGCGGUGCCAACAAUGAGUACAGGUUCGCAGCCAAGACGAUGACGAGUGGGAGCCUCGUGCUCAUCACCCUGGAGCGAUGGGAGGGUGCUGCGGCCCAGCUGACAGUCAACAGUGAGAAGAUGGUUAUCGGCACCAUGCUGGUGAAGGACAUCAUCCAGGCCCUGGCACAGUGACUGCCAGGCCCUGCCCUCCCACCCUGCUCUGCCCCACACCACUCCCCAAAACACUCCCUGCCCCAAUUCCUGCUGGGUUAUUCCCUGCUCCAAUCCCUGGAGGGCCAGCAGGCAGUGACCACUGGGUCAGCUUCACUGCUGGGAGGAAGGAGCCAUAUGGGGCAUACAGGAUGCAGGAUGAUGUCCCACUCAGAAGGAUGGUGGUGGCUCCAGCCCCCGUGGAAGCACAGCGUGCCUCCAGCCCCCAGUCCCUCUCCCCAUCUCCCAGUGCAACCCCUAUUUAUUAUGGCCAUGACCUCCCAAUAAAG